CCUAAAUUACGUCUAAUUUUCUUCAACGGCUUCCAGGAAUUCAUAUCCGAUUCUCAAAUAACGUCCCAUAUUCCCUCUCGGAGCCUCAAAGCAUGGUUGAGCUUCAAGCGAUUUUCAAGAAAGCCCACUGGGCCUUGGUAGUCGGGGGUUUCGUAUAUCUAUCAUGGGUAUACGCAAUGACAUAUCCAUCCAUUCAACGAGCGGCAUUGUAUAUGAACCUCGCCAAUCCAGCUAUAUGGCAAGAUGUAAACGACGUGGAAAACUUUGGGUUCCUCAAGACUCAAGUACAGCCAUUCUAUUUGAGAACUCCAGAUAACGAGACCCUCUACGGAUGGCAUAUUCUUCCAUUGCACCUCUGCAGAGAACACGAGGAGCUCCUGAACGAUAACUGGUCAUACGGUCCAGCAGAAGAUUACACCAACACAGUGGCAUAUAAGCUACUUUCCGAGAAUCCCAAUUCUCGGGCUGUUGUAAGCUUCCACGGUAAUGCAGGGCAUCUCGGCUCUGUCAUUCGCCCAGACAUGUACCGGAUGGCAUUAGGGGUCUCUACUCCGGAAAACCCUUUGCAUGUCUUUGCCCUUGAUUAUCGAGGAUAUGGCAUUUCCACGGGCACUCCUACAGAAGAAGGACUCAUCACCGAUGGCGUAACACUCUUGAACUUUCUCACGUCUGACCCCCUCAAUAUCUCUCCUUCACGUAUCGUCAUCUCGGGACUCAGUUUAGGAACGGCAGUGACCUCCGGAGUCGCUGAACGCUUCGCUUUUGGUGCCUCUAAGUCAGGAACUGUUCAGCCAGCGUUAAAAGACCCUGAACCAUUCGCUGGUAUUGUCCUCUUGGCGUCUUUCAGCAAUAUUCCUGGUCUUAUAGAAUCAUAUAGCCUUAAAGGUCUAACACCACCAAUGCUAUCGCCAUUGAAUAGCUUUCCUCAAGCUAAGCAAUGGGUCAAGUCUCGGAUUGUUGAUACUUGGCAAUCUAAUGCCCGUCUAGAACGACUUACGGGCAUGAAACCUCGACAAGGUGACGAAGCUGAUAUACGACAUGCUCAAAAGGCGGUAGAUAUCACUAUCAUCCAUGCUCGCAAUGACGCUGAAAUCCCAUGGACAGAAGGACUCACAAACUGGAAGUGGGCUACCACUGGUAGCGAUGAUAUUAGUAAGCGAAUAGGUUCCAAUAAACCUCAAAGCGGCAAAAUUGUCUAUGAACGAAUCGAAGAGAAUGGUAGAACGGAGACCAGAGUCUGGGAGCGCGAAGUUUCAUCGCCGAUUAUGAGUAAUGUAAACAGUACCAAGAAACCAGUGAAGCGCGUGAGAUGGGAAAAGGUUGGCUAUGGCGGGCAUAAUCAAGUCGGUGCUUACUCGGUUGCUGCUCUGGCUAUUUUGCGUUCGUUUGAAGAAUAA